GUCUAAAAUCCAAAAGCAUUAAUGAUCUGGUGAAGGUCAUCGUAAGAGAGCAAUUUAAAGUCUUUCAGAAUGACGUGCAAGAGACUGUGGCGCAGCUCUUCAAGACUGUAUCAAGUCUAUCAGAGGACCUGGAAAAUACCAGGCAAAUAAUUCAACAAGUGAAUCAGUCCGUGGCUUCAAUAGCUGUCCAGCAAAAGUCUGCUUUAAUCCAGGAAAAUAAGCCCACUUUGACUGAUAUAAUAGACCUAGAGAAUCGCAUUGUUAAUGUAAGGCAAGAAAUGGCCACUACAUGUGAGAAGCCUGUUAAAGAACUAGAAGCUAAGCAAGCUCGUUUAGAAGGUGCUCUAGAACAAGAACACAGGAGGGUUGUUCUGUAUUAUGAAUCCCUAAAUACAACUCUUGCUAAAAUGAAGGAAGUGCGCGAGCAGCUUUUAUCUCCUGAAAGAGAGUCAGACAGGGAGAAUGCUACCUCUGCAGAGACAGUCAGCAACAACGUCACCUCAUCCAUGGCUGUUCUGUAUGAGAAGGUAAGCAAGCAAGGUUUGAUGUUGCUGCAAAUAUUUGAUUAUUUUCACACCCAAGACAGCAAGAUUAACAAUCUCACCUUCAGAUUGGAGAGGGAGAAAGAAACCAUCAGGAGCGAAUGUGAGGACAUGCUAGCUCAGUGCAGACAUGACUUUAAAUUUCAACUGAAGGGCACAGAAGAGAAUUUACUGGUGUUAAACCAAACACUGGCUGAGGUUCUCUUUCCAAUGGACAAUAAGGUGGAUCAAAUGGGUGAGCAACUGAAUGAUUUGACGUAUGACAUGGAGAUUCUUCAACCCUUGCUUGAGCAGGGUGCAUCACUUCAACAGACAGUGACCCGUGACCAAACCAGAGAAGCAGCAGUUAUAAAGAAAAAGGUGGAAAAUCUGAUUAGUGCGGUCAACAGUCUAAAUUUUCUAAUUAAAGAACUUACAAAAAGACACAACUUACUUAGAAAUGAAGUACAGAGCCAGGGUGAUGCCUUCAAACAACAGAUCAGUGAACGUGCACUGGAAAUGGAAGAUGGCCUAAAUAAGACGGUGACUAUCAUGAAUAAUGCCAUUGAUUUCAUUCAAGAUAACUAUGUGCUGAAAGAGUCUUUACCUACUAUCAAGUAUAAUCCUGAAGCCCAUCACACAUGCCACCAAAAUAUGGAAACCAUUUUGACAUUUAUUCCCCAAUUCCAACGUUUGAAUGAUUCCAUUCAAAUGUUGGUCAAUGACAAUCACAGAUAUAAUUUUGUCUUACAACUUGCCAAGGCCCUUGCAGAUAUUCCUAAAGAUGAAAAACUGCAUCCAUCCUACUUUCAAAAUAUUUACCAAAUAUUCAAUAAUACCACUUCCCAAUAUCAGGAAAAUAUAAGUCAUUUGGAAGAAACUUUAAUCUCAGCCACUAAAAGUUUUGAAAAUUUUGGAACUCGGCUGCAAGUCAUUGAAUCUAAAGUGAAGCAGACACUCAUACCUUACUAUAUUGCAGUUAAAAAAAGCAUGAACACAAAUGAGAGAGAUCAAGCUCUUCAACUACAGGUAUUAAAUUCCAGAUUUAAGGCCCUGGAAGCAAAAUCCAUCCACCUUUCAAUUAAUUUCUCUUUGAUUAACAAAACUCUUCAUGAACUUCUAACAAUGUGUCAUAAUGAUUCUGCAACUUUAUCUGAACUAAAUGUUACCACACCUAAGUGGAUUAAAGGUUCCAUGCCAGUUAGUCUACAGAAAAGUCUGAUGGAAUUUGUGGAAUCAAUAAUUGAAAUAAAAACUCAAGCUGCCCUAUCUAAUUUCACUCAGUAUAUAGAUCGCUUAUGGUCUGACAGUCUGGCAAACGUUGCUGAAUCUCGGAAGCAAGUGAAAAAGCUGAAGACACUUAAUAUGCUUAAGAAACCAACAGUGAAUCUCACCACCAUUCUGAUAAACCGGACCCAAAGAAACACAGACAACAUUGUAUAUCCUCCUG